CCAGACAGGAACAGACAUAAGUAUUUUCACAGCAUGAAAAUCACAGCAUGACUUCAUGUGAAUUCUUUUAACCAAUUCAUUCUGACAGAUGUUUAGUCUCUCAACAGACUGUAAAAAAGUCAAACAAAUAUUAACUGAUCAUACCAGCCUAGUAACCACGAAUGCAAACUAUACAAACUGUUCCACCCCCAUAAAACCACAUCUAGGAAAGCCUGUUUGGCCCGAGUGCAGGUUCAAUCUUCCCAUUAAACACUUACGUAAGUCACAUGGACCAUGAUCUGAGGUGAUCAUGCACAAACAUGUCCUAUUCACAUUGGAAUGAAAACAGAUAUUCCAGAUUCCAGCAGUGACACCAAAAUAUUUCAUGUUUGUUAUUUGGUUAUCCUUCAAAAUGAAGUGUUAUUUAAGCUAGUUAUUUAAUUUCUGUUCGCUGUUUUAAUUUCUUUAUGACCUCUGCAUUUGCUACGCUCAACAGAAAGACACCUAAAUGGACCAUAUCAGGAAAACAUUAAUUUGUGACAAUAUUGCAAAUUAUCUGGUGCGAGAAGCUGACAGACCCAAACGCGCUUCCUUCCUAUUCCUCUCCCAAACCUUCAACCCAAAAUGCCACAAAAGCCUUACAUUAAACACCUGAUAGAUCAAUAAACUUAGGAUAAAAGUGUUUUAUUAAGCUUCAAUAAUAGUAAUCUUAACAUUCAUUUCCAGACAUUUAAAUCCCUAUUUAGGUAGUGUUCAUUGUGUGCUGCCAGAAUGCGAUAUGAUCCAUCAUGCUGUAAAUCAUAAAAUAUAUCUCCCCAUAUACAAAGCAAAUCUGCUCUUGACACUGCACGGCAACCAAACCCACCUUACUGUGGGCUUAAACUGCCAGGAGACAAAACACACACACACACACACACACACACACGCACACACACACACACAAACACAAACACACAAAAUAAAUAAUAAUGAACAACAGGAAUGACUAAACUAAUAUAAAAAGGUUUUUAGAACAGGAAAGGAUUCAUCACGUGUUACUUUAAACCUUCACAAACACAGGAAAGCCACCAUGGGCACUCCCUGCCCUGCAGGACAAAGACAUAACAGAAAUGAAAUUUGCAAUUUAUCUAAAAAGAUAGAAAAAACCCAGAAACUCAUUCAUCUUUGUAUAAUGAUUUGCAUGGACCAACAAACAAAAACAGUGGGAUUCUUAGUCAUUCAAACCAUGCAUUCUGGAAAUGACCCACACUCACACGCACACACACACACACACACCCACACAGAAUGUGUUCAGAGCUACGUGGAGAAGGGACACGCUCCUUGUGCCGGCAGUGCAAGGAGGAGGGCUGGCUGAGAAGCACAGAUUAGUCAUUUUGGUCCUGGAGAAUAUUCAAACGUGCCUUCUCAGGACGCAAAACUACAGUUUGUGUGCAGUUUACAGAGGAUAAUUCUAAUCUUUACAAAUCUCAGUAAAAAACAGCUGAUAGAAGGAAACAUGGAAGACAUCGAUUACCAUGAGGAUAUGGACACUAAUUUCAACGACACUUACGAGUACGACUAUGAACACAGCAUCUGUGAGAAAGAAUCGGUGCGCUCUUUUGGCAGCGUCUUUCUCCCGAUCAUCUACACCCUGGCUUUGGUGGUGGGCCUGGCUGGGAAUGCCCUGGUAGUGGUAGUCUACACGUCCCGGUUGAGACUCCGUACCCUGACUGAUAUGUGCAUCCUCAACCUGGCCAUCUCAGACCUGCUGCUGCUCUUCACCCUGCCGUUCUGGGCUGCUGACGCUGCCCAUGGCUGGAAGCUGGGCAGGUCGGCCUGCAAGCUAAACUCCUUCCUCUACAGCACCAACUUCAACUGUGGAAUGCUGCUGCUGGCAUGCAUAAGUGUGGAUCGCUAUCGGGCGGUGGCCCACUACUCAAUGGGCAGGACUGGGACAAGCACACAGGGGAGAAGGAAAUGGAUACUUGUGUGUGCUGCACUGUGGGCUUUAGCCAGCUUUUUUGGCCUUCCUGAACUCGUCUUCUCUGAGGUGAAGACGACCCAUCACAAGACCAGCUGCACGGCCAUCUACCCAACCAGCAUGGCACGACCUGCAAAAGCUGCCCUUGAGCUGCUUGAGGUGAUCCUUCGAUUCCUUCUGCCUUUCCUGGUCAUGGUGGUCUGCUACUCAUGCGUUGGACGGACGCUGACUAAGGCUGCUGGGGUGCGUAGAGAACGGAAGUGGCGCGCCCUGCGUGUCCUCCUUGCUGUCGUGGCCGUGUUCCUGCUCACACAGCUGCCUUACAACGUGAUCAAGCUGUGCCGAGCGAUGGACAUCAUCUACCACCUUGUCACGGACUGCGAAGUCAGCAAGGGCUUGGAUCGCGCUCGCCAGGUGACGGAGAGCCUGGCGCUCACCCAUGCCUGCAUCAACCCCGUUCUCUACGCCUUCAUCGGGUCUUCCUUCAGAGGACACAUCCUGAAGGCUGUUAAGCACCUUGGACAGAGACUUGGAAGACACUCGAGACAAGUCAAUGAGGAGCCUGCGGUGGAGAUCGCACUCCGCACACCAAGCCAGAACCAGUCUCAGUCUCAGUCUAGUUUGGAAGACCAGGACACCAGUACCUUCACCAUCUGAGACUCCAGCAUGUACAGGGCCACCUAUCUUUAUUGGCUCUCUUGUAAUUAUGUGUAAAAAGCCUUAAAAUAAAUUCAUUUCUCAUGCAGUAGCAUAUUCUCAGACAAAAAAAUGAAAAAGGUCAGCCUGUAAUUUAAGUCUAUUAAUUCAGCAGCAAUAAUAAGACCCCUACUGUAAAAAAAAACCUGUUUAGGAUAGUUAUGAUUUAAAUAAAGCCUUGCAUGAAUAAUGGAAAAAAAAAA